AUGAUCAAGACUAUCGGGUUAUCAUCGGUGGGGGUAACCAAGACCUCUGGCGUGGGGCCUUUCGCAGCAGAUCCACUUCGCUUCAUCUACUAUUUGGUUCAUGGCGCCAACGAUAGUCCGGCAAGCCCAGAGCGCAUAAAGGAGUCAUCCAACUUCCGGUGGUCGGCUGUGUACCCAGCUCAUUUGAUAGUGUCGAGCUCAACUAGGACAGCUUUCUAUUCCGACAUGACUUUAAGCCGUGUUAGCGCGUCUUGGAAAGAUGAACGGGAAUUAGAUGGCCGGGCCGAGGAACGGAUAGACUGUGCAGGAAGCAUUGGUCGCUAUUUUAUCAUGUGCAUUGGCUGGAGCAAAAGGGAGGCCAACUCUCGGUCUCCUGAGGAAGUGCAGGGCCAAACUAAGGGAGGCACAGGACCGAGAGAAGUGCACGCACUUCACUCGACAACUUCGAUGAAUAGACCGCCCCAGAUCAAGCAGUCCCCUUCCAGUCGAUGGAGUGGAUGCGACACCUACGCCACGUUUACCGGCCAAAUGCUUUAUUCCAUCCGUCCAACAUACGCACUAGGUGACUUGAAUCACGGCCUGGCUCAGGGGACGAAACCGGUCACGCAUGAGGAAGACUUCAACGCACAUGGAUUGGAGCACUUGAUUCAUGGCAUAUCGGGGUUCAGUAUGAUGGCAGGAAUAGUAGUGCUUUACAAGGAGCCUUGCACAUCUGACCCUAUCUGGGUGACGGGUCGUGGGUGUCCUAUUCCGAAGUAUAAGGGCACUUACCAUACUUGGAACGCUCAAUCUCAACUGGGGCUGAGAAAAAAGAAAAACUGA